GACUGCGGCGUAGUGGAUCGAGCAGCACGAAACAAAAUUCAUUCGCAACGCGCUCGUCGUACGGCCCGGUCCUGCGGUCUCGAGUGCGCAGCGUCGAGUAGUCGUGAGCGAAGUUACAAGUUUGCUACAACUUCGAAAACUCUUCCAACUGCAUUGGAAGGUAUACCAUCAAUCGGGUACCACUUCAGAAUAUCCUCAAAAGCAACUCUCAAUUUAAAAAAAAUUAAAGCGCGAAAUUUAGUGCUACAUAGUUUGAUCGGUGCUGCCACAAAGAGACAAAGUGAGUGCGCGCAACUUCUUCGGGCGUAGAAAGGAAACGGAUUAUUAAAAAUAGAACCACGUUCCGAGACGAAGGCCCCCGGAGAGAGGAAAAGUGCGUGUGCAUCGUAUCAAAACACGAACUGGCGAAACAUGUGCUACUACAAAGUGAAGCAACGGACGAACUAACAACUCUCAUCGCAUUCUGAUUGAACCGACGUUCAGUGGCUCGGACGGAAUUCCAAACUCUAGUCUCCAAAGCAGUCCACGCGCAGCGGUGGAACUAGCAACUAGAUAUCGGUUUAAAUCCUCGUAUAGUGCACGUUGAUACGUACCAGCUUCUCGCAACUUGGAUUAACAUUGAACAAUUCCUCAGUUUGUGUGCCAGGGAAUACUACGAAUCGCCUAAUAAUAACCGGCGACGUUUUUGAAUACGUGGAACGAUAAAAAAUUCAAUUCCUAGCAGCAGUACGCCUGGAUGGAGUCGUUCCAAGUUGAUGUCCACGUUUCCGAUUUAUAGAUUGAAGUUUAACACUGGCAUGGCAUGUGCCUGCAAUGAUAUGCCGUAAGACGAACACUGUGUGCCCGAAAUGCCAGCACGAGUUCCCCGUACAAUGGACGAGCGCGCGGCGCGGCCGGCACGACAUGAACGGCGGCGGCAUCGUCCAGACGCCGCUCAGCCCCCUCCAAUCCCCCGAUCCGGCGUCUAUCAACGUCUUCAUCACACCGCCACCAUUCGCAAUGGUACCACCACAGCUGAUGCCACAACCGGCGCCGAUCGUACACGUGGUACACCACCAUCAUCACCAUGUACCACCACCCGCUCCUAUCAUCCAACUGCAACCACCGCCCGUGGGCAACGCGCAUCCAGACCUACCAGCGCCAGAUACCGUUCGGGCUCUUCGCCGGUCCGGCUGGUACUACGAAAACAUCACCUACCAAGACAGUCAGGAGUUAUUAAAGGACAAGCAACUGGGUACAUUCAUCGUUCGCGAUAGUUCCGACGCACGCUUCCUGUAUUCACUGAGCGUGCAGACUGAGCGCGGUCCUACCUCCGUCCGUAUUCACUAUACCAACGGGCUCUUCCGGCUGGACUCCCAGCAGCAUAUCCAAUCAUCGAUGCCCUCAUUUCCGAGCGUCAUCGAACUGGUGGAGCAUUAUGUGGAGCAGUCGCGGCGAACCAACAGUCCGCACGUUUGGGUCGAUCCCAAAGGCAAGAUGUAUUCGCCGAUCACCAUCACACGACCGCUGGUCAAGGAGGGACAGAAACCAUCCACACUCAAACAUCUCGCGCGGCUCGCGGUCAACGCCGCUGUGAAACGGCAUACCGCUUCGCCCAUUACCGCCCCAACCAUAUCGCAGCUCGAAUUACCCGCGAGUGUUAGUCAAUACCUCACUGAGUAUCCGUAUUCGAUCUGAAGGACUCCCCCCAGCAUUCAGACGUUAACCAAAGAUAUAUCUAUCAUAAACGAAUUUAAUACGAAUAGGGAUAGCGCGGAGUACCUAUACAUACUCCUCUCACACACCGGAAACGAACGAAAUGGACGUUCGAAGAGCAGUGCGAGUGCGAUGGAGAAUUUGGUGGCAGUCGCGGAACACAGUAUUGUAUCAUCUAUCAUUGCCGUUUUGCCAUUUCACUGUGUAGUGUAAUCAUCAACAUGAGCGUCACCAUCACACAUCGUGAACUACGCAUAACCAUCUCGGUCAUAAUAAGUUGGCGAUUAGAUAGAAUAAUAAAUUGUAUGUACAUAACAAGUGUAAAUGAAACGAUCGGUGUUGACACCUUGCACAUCAACACAUCUCACACAUGCGCUUCACUUGUAUUCACUUAUUUAUUUAUUAGCAUUAGCAUUCUGCUCCUAUGUUACUCAUUGUUACGAUAACUUUGAUGUUUGCGCCGUUGACGUCAGGAGCGUAUAAAAAUAAUGUAAGGCGUACAACGAACAAAAAAUUUCAUUCUCACUUUUCACACUGACACACACCGAGAUUUCAGUUUGCAAUGCGCCCGGAAUUUCCACUCUUUAUUAAAUCAAUCGUUAUUAUCGGUGUGUAAAGUAAACAUUCGCCGAUGCGUGCAUCCACUUACUCAGCCUCAAUAUAACUGUAUUGUCGUGUUACGAUCAGAGUGGAAAAUCCACUCAUCUCUAUACGUCUACAUCAGUAAUAUAUAUCAAACCAUAUGAAAAGUGUAAAUAAAUGUAUUAUAAAACUCAAUGUACUAUUAUACGUAAGUAGAUAAUUGUAUUUAUUAUUAUUAUAAAGCUGGACACGAUUUUAAUAAGAAGAGAAGUUCAAGUAAAUUAUUUAUUUAUGAUAAAAAAACAA